CUGCCGCAGAGGCGAGGGACCUGCACCGCGGCGGCCCCGCGCCAUGGAGCGGUACGAGAAGCUGGGCAAGGUCGGGGAGGGCUCCUACGGCGUCGUCUUCAAGUGCCGCAGAAAGGACACCGGCCAGAUCGUGGCCAUUAAGAAGUUCCUGGAGUCCGAGGAGGACCCGGUGAUCAGGAAGAUCGCCCUGCGGGAGAUCCGCAUGCUGAAGCAACUGAAACACCCCAACCUGGUGAACCUGCUGGAAGUGUUCAGGAGGAAGAGGAGGCUGCAUCUGGUCUUUGAGUACUGUGACCGCACAGUUCUCCACGAGCUGGACAAGUAUCCCCAGGGAGUGCCAGAGCAUCUAGUGAAGAGCAUCACCUGGCAGACCCUCCAAGCUGUGAACUUCUGCCAUAAGCACAAUUGCAUCCACCGGGAUGUAAAGCCAGAGAACAUCCUGAUAACAAAGCACUCUGUUGUCAAACUCUGUGACUUUGGAUUUGCUCGCAUACUGACUGGCCCCAGUGACUAUUACACAGACUAUGUGGCUACCAGGUGGUACCGCUCUCCGGAGUUACUGGUGGGAGACACGCAGUAUGGGCCUCCCGUGGACGUGUGGGCCCUGGGCUGUGUCUUUGCAGAGCUACUGGCUGGGGCCCCGCUCUGGCCUGGAAAGUCUGACGUCGACCAGCUGUACCUCAUCCGGAGAACCCUGGGAGAUCUUAUCCCCAGGCACCAGCAAGUGUUCAGCACCAACCAGUUCUUCAGUGGGGUGAGAAUUCCAGAUCCAGAGAGCAUGGAGCCAUUAGAAAUGAAAUUCCCUAAUAUUUCAUACUCUGCUUUAUCUCUCAUGAAGGGUUGCCUUCAGAUGGACCCUGCGGAGAGGCAGACAUGUGAGCAGCUGCUGCACCAGCCCUAUUUUAACAGCGUUGGGGAGGCAGCAGAGCUGGGGAAGGAAAAAACAGCUCGGAAACCAGCCAGGCUGCCUCGGAAGCACGUGCCAGGGUUACAGCACCUGCCCCAGUUAACCAUCAGUAAUGCUCUGCCAGCCUUGGACAGCAAGAAGUACUGCUGCAAAACAAGGAAAUCAAACUGCCAUUUCCCCAACAUCUAACAGGACAGCGGAUGAAAAACAACUUAUUGUUCAAAGGUCAAGUCAUUCAGGAGUUAUAAAAGGAGGAUAGGUGGUGGAAAACUAAAUCAAUAGAUGUUCUGACAUACAGAAAUGGUCUGUGAUGUGCUCUGGGUCAGUAAUGGAAGGGAUGCACAGAGAGCACUCCAAGCUCACAUUAGUCACUGUUCUCUGAACAAAGGACAAUAUGUUUGUUCUGCUUUAAUAGGUGAUUGUGCACUGGCUUGCUGUGGUGCCCUGCCUUGUGGUGGUGCCCUGGCUCAGGACCACUGCAGCCCAGUGUUUGCAGUGUGAAUCCAGACCCCCUUGCCUGCCCAUCACUGUGUUUCAGGCUUGGCAGAAGGGGUACCCACAACCUUGCCAAUGGCUCCAAGUCCCCAGUCCCCUGGGGAGCUGGAAACCUGUGGCCCGCAGGAGUAGAGGCCAGGUGUAGGCGUUGGUGGAGCCAAACCUGACAGGAGGUACUCAACCACUCCAGGUGGCUGUAAACCUGCUGCCAUAGCAGUGCUUAAAGGUACCUCUGGCUUACAGACCACGUAGAGAUCACAAAGCACUAACUGGUAAUGACUGGAACUGGGUCGAAGGCUCAGCAGGCCCUGGAGAGCAUUUUAGUAAUAACCACUAAGUCUUUUCAGCAUUUCUCCUGCUAGUUUCUUCUUUGCAUGGUGAAGUUGGUGGCAUUUGCUUUUGUCAACAGGGAAGUCCUUUGCCUGUAGUGUUGCAGAAGUUGUUUUUAUCAAGAGCAAUUCAUGAACAUACUUUAUAACGUUGGCCAGACAGGGGCAGGAAUUCUGCCCAAGCAUCUGUACUAGAGUGAUUCUUGGGUUUUCUGUAAUCUCAGGAUGUAAUAUUGUGUUGAUUUUGAAUAAAUGUAGCUUGUUUUUCCAAUUUA